AUGGCAAACUGGUGCUUAAUCGAGAGCGAUCCAGGCGUGUUCACGGAGCUCAUCGAGAGCUUUGGCGUGCGCGACGUUGAAGUGAGCGAGGUGCUCUCCUUUGACGCAGAAGAACUGCGCCAGCUCGGGAACGCGGCAGGGCUGGACCGCAGCCCAUCCAGUACCACAUUCCAGACCUCUUCUUUGCCAAGCAGGUACUCGCCGUCGGAGAUUCGCUUCAACCUGCUUGCGCUGGUACGCGACCGCCGCUCCGCCCUCCGCGAACAGCUCGAGGAGCAGAUGGCCGUCCUCAUGUCAUUCGGCGUCGUCGACGACCCAACAGCGUCGCUGGAUGUGGUGGACGUGAGCAAUGUGGAUGGCAGUGCAAAGGCGGCUGUGCUUGAGGCAAAACGUCUGCAGCGGCAACUCGACGACGAGGAAGACAAGCGCAGACAGUGGAAGAAAGAGAAUGAGCGCCGCAAACACAACUACAUCCCGCUCUUCAUGCAGCUCACCCGCGAACUCGCAAAGGCUGGCGUGCUCCCGCGCUUGCUCGAGUCUGCAAAGGAGAAAUACGCUGAGCGAAUGCGCGAACAUCAGCACAAGGCGCUGGGGCAGUACUCGCGGCAGGGCAAACAGUAGCGGUGGUGAUGGUUGUAAGGUGGCGGUGGUGGUGGUGACGAUGAUGAUGACGAUGGUGGGGAGUGGGGGUUGGGGUCGCAUUUGCUGUCGUUGACGUUCUUGCAUUGCGUAUCUUGUUGCUUCUUCCGGUUUGAUAAUGAACAGUGUAAUCAGA